GGAGUCGGGGGCUGGGCUGGGCGGGGCUGUCGCGCGGAGUCCGUUAGGCCCUCUCGGACUCGCUGCGAGGGGGAGGGAGAGAGAGCCGGGCGUUGAGGAAUGGAAGCCGACGGCCUCGGAAGAUAUUACACUCCUCUCCAGCCAGCAUUUUAUCCUUUUCCUUUCCAUGAAAUGAUGACUGCAUCUCCAAACAUGGAGAUGAUGAAUGAACAGCAAACUCUUCAAGGAGUUUUGGAUCCAAACUGCAUUCAGGAACCUGUUCAAGCUGCUACAAAAGGAAGGAAGAGAAAAAAUAAAUCUACUGAACCAAAAAAGCCUGCUGCUAAAGCUGCCAAGUCAAAAGGCAAGCAAGAGAAAAUCACAGACACUUUCAAAGUCAAAAGAAAAGUGGAUCGUUUUAAUGGUGUAUCUGAAGCUGAAUUGUUGACCAAAACACUGCCUGACAUACUGACUUUCAAUUUGGACAUUGUAAUUAUUGGUAUAAAUCCAGGCUUAAUGGCAGCCUACAAAGGGCAUCAUUACCCAGGACCUGGAAACCACUUUUGGAAGUGUCUGUUUAUGUCUGGGCUUAGUGACCAACAGUUGAACCAUAUGGAUGAUCAUACCUUACCGCAUAAAUAUGGUAUUGGAUUUACAAAUAUGGUGGAAAGGACAACACCAGGUAGCAAGGAUCUUUCCAGCAAAGAGUUUCGGGAAGGAGGACGAAUUCUGGUGCAGAAAUUACAGAAGUAUCAACCUAAAAUAGCAGUUUUUAAUGGAAAAUGUAUUUAUGACAUUUUUAGUAAAGAGGUUUUUGGAAUAAAGGUUAAAAAGCUGGAAUUCGGACUACAGCCACAUAAAGUUCCAGACACAGAAACGCUUUGCUAUGUUAUGCCAUCAUCCAGUGCAAGAUGUGCUCAGUUUCCUCGUGCACAAGAUAAAGUUCAUUAUUAUAUAAAGCUGAAAGAUCUAAGGGAUCAGCUGAAAGGCAUUUUGUCAAACACAGAGGUCCAAGAAGUGCAAUACACCUUUGACUUGCAGCUUGCACAAGAGGAUGCUAAGAAAAUGGCUGUAAAAGAAGAAAAAUAUGAUCCAGGUUAUGAAGCCGCUUUUGGAGGAGCUUACAGUGAGAAACCAGCCAAUGAGAGUGAAACAUGCAACUUUCCAUCAAAUGGAACAGCAUCCAGUGCAGAAUGUAGCAGUGGAUCUUCCUUUGGAGAUGUCCCCAAUGGACAGUGGAUGACACAAUCCUUCACAGACCAGAUUCCUGAAUUUAACAACUGCAGGCCACAAGAGGAACAAGAAAACAAUGCUUAAAGUCUGCCUUUUCAGUCAUACCUAAGCGCUGCAGUUUUUUUAUGUACACAGUUGUCAAGAAUGGUACCUCAGUUCCACAACUGAAGCUUUUAAUAGCAUUUUACCUCUUAGUUUUCUUACACUCAUUCAAACCAAUUGUGUUAGAUUUAGACCAAUGAACUAGGUCAUUUUAAGAAAAUGUCCACAAUUUUUAAGAGAAAGAGACUUUCUUUGUAAGAGGCUUUUUGUAUUUAAAUAGGUCUUCAUGAAUGAGAGGUCAAUUUAUUUCUUGUUUUAAAUCUGUAUUUUGUAAUGUAGAGGUCUGUGAACAUAUAUUUGUAACUUGUCCUCUCAUGUGCUGGGAUAUUCCAUAUGUGUUUAGUACAUCCAAGGAGGUGGGAAGUCCCUUAUAAAUAUAACAUGGUUAGGCCUGUAGCGAGGUUAAUGUCCAGUAAAGCUGUUACACAGUCAUAGCUGAAUAGGCCUGCCCUCUCUAAAAAAUUGAAAUAAUCCUGCUUUAUAGUAUUUGUAGCUUUUUUGCAAGUCCCCAACCUUAAUUCAGUCCUGGUUCAUGCCUGCCUUCGUAUUAUUAUUAUUAAUGGUAGCUGAACAUGUAAACUGACUCCACUGAAAAACUAAAGCUGAGCCAGCCAUUCUCCAGCUUCACUCUUGGAUGAAAAUAACAUUUUGUCAACACUUUUUCACCCUGCUGCUUUUUUCCUGUUCUGUUCCUUCUCAAAGUGGUUCCAGACAAUUGGAAAUUGAGUGUCGAAUGUGAUAACAGCAAUGCUGUGUAGCCAGUCAGAUACGGCUACUUGCUGAUGUCAACUAAGGGCUUGAUUUAAAAUGAAGGUGUUUUCAGUUCAGAUAAGAUGGAUGAGGGUUUUUUUUUUUUAAAUGAGGACUUGAAAUACUUUCGAUGCCAUAAGGCUGAUUUUGGCAAAUUACUCUCCCCCCCCCUUUUUUUUUUCUGGACAUCUUUAAAAAGCUGUAAGAAAAGUAUUAUCUGCAGUGGGCCUUUCAUACAUGCAAGUCAUUUGACACUACAUUCACUGGACAAUAAGCCUGUAUGCAUGAACUCUUAAACCUUUAGUGUCCAUGGGACUGGGGAGAGUACCUGUGCUUCUGAAUGCCAGCUUUCAUUUCUGCUUCAUCACAGGGAGGGGACUCUACAGCAGCCAUAUCCUGUUCCUUCCCUUCCCCUUAUUCUCUGAAUGUUCAACUAUAGUUCAGCUAUUAGAAGGGCAGCCUACAGUGUUUCUCCUGGAAUGGAAGGAUUCGGUAUUUCAGGGAAUGUCUGGGCUGAAUAUAGAGCCACCUUGAGAAGAAGCAAACUUCUUUCUGCAGGUUUCCAAAAUGCAGACAUUGUUUCCUUUUUAGUGUUUACUGAGCAAAAUAUUGAUGAUAGGACAUUCAAGUCUUAGGCAGUUACAAAGCAGAACACGAAGAAUGGACAUUACUUACCUACUAAUGAAGCUUUCCUUGAAUACUUUGGGCACAAUCCUCUUGAUCUGCAGGCCCAGAACCUGAGUGGAGAGGGUUAUAUUAGGACUCAAAAGCUGGGGGGGGGGGUUCCUCCCCUUUUUCACCUGUAUAUAUUUGUAGGUAUCUGGGACAGGACAAUAGGGGAAUGGAAGUUUAGUGCAUCUCUCAUAUUCCCAUCUAGUCCUCUUUCUCUUUGACUUACUCAAAAGGCAUGAUGAGGGAAGGCUUGAUAGGGACAAGGGCCUGCACACAUUCCCUCAGUUAUCCCAUUAAAUUGUUUGGGCUUGGCAGGUGGAGAGAAAAAGAGCUCCAUUAACCCUGCUACAUUCUGUUGCAAGCAGGCAUUCUGUCUGCACAACAUAUGGACCGUGCCCUGUCUUUCCUAAAAUUUUAAAGCUGUUCAGCCUGUGCCUGAAUUAGUAAUUUGCUUCUUUUUCCACUUCUUUCUUUCUUUGUCAUAGCAGGGAAGAGAUGACUUGAAGUAAAAGCAAUAAGAGGAUCAAAUAGUAGUUUUGAUAAUCUUAUAAUUAAGUGCUUUGGAUACUUGAAUUAUGCACAAGAAAUUGUCUCUCCAUCAUGUGUACAUAGAGAUCUGAAUUAUUUAACUGCACCGUAGACUGCUGGAUGUUUCCUUUAAGUACUUGUGUGUAUUAGCAAUUAUGGCUUGAAUGAAUCAAUUUAAAGUAAAUCCAUAGCCUCGUAGCAGCUUAAACCUUUUCAAAAUGUGUUCUCAUGUGCUUUUUAGGAGAUAAGCAUGUUUAUGGUCUCCCCCACCCUUGCAAUCAUGUGGCUUAAAAUCCUAGAAAACAGGUUGGAUCCAAAGUACUAUUAGCAGUAGACAGAAUCAUUUAACAACAGAUACAAGCUGAAGUUGGACUCCCUGUCUUUAGCAGAGUGCCUUGUUGCAGCCAGUAUAAUGGAGGUAGGUUCAGGGGGAGCUGGCAGGUCAUGCUGGCAACUCUUGCCUGCUUCCCCCUCAAGUGGGCAUCUGCUCACUACCCAGGCAGAAUGGGGGAGCAGCCAUCGUGCUAGACAUGGGAGAAGGCUGCAGUAGUAAUAAGAACUGAAAAUGUGCUUGUGCUUUCUGUGUCUUUUCUAUGGCUGCUUAUUAACUUCUUGCUCUUGUUUGCUGAGGCUUGGAAGUAGAGGCAGCUCAGCCUUGCCAGACCACCCAGCUAGACAGAUAAGGCUUCCAUGGGAUCUUGGUUGGAGGUUUCAUCUCAGUUGAGUGUCACUGGGUUUGAGGUGGCUACUUCUGCCUUUUGCUCUAAUACUGGGCAAAUUAUGUGUUUCACUGGUGGAAGAACUACACUGCUUUUGAUGGUAACACCCGUCUACUAAUGGAAAUAUGCUCUUUAAACCUAGGGGGAAGGGCCUCUUUGGAUCCAACCCAUUGUUUUAAAUUAAGACUGAGGUGUAUAUUCUGGUUCUGAUCAUGUUGGUUAUUCUGUGUGAAAAUUGUUCAUUGUACAGUCAACAAUCUACAAAAAUUAUUCACUUAUUUUAUAUGUAUCAUUGUUUACAAGGACUCUUUCUUGCAAGUGCUCAAAGUUCCUUGCAUCAGGGAUCUGGAACAAUUUUAUAUUUAACAAUACUGUUAAACAUUGCUGAUGGAUAGCUCAAUAACUAUCAUGAAAAUGAAAGAAAAUAUUUUGUUUUGAAAGAAGCAUCUAUUCUAUCACUCUGGAAUAAUUACGAAAUAACAGGUCAAAUGUGAAUGCAUAAAUUCUCAAACAUGGUGCUUUAAAUAGAAUUAAAACACUUCUGAUCUGCCAAUUCCUUGCAAACAAAAAUGCAAUGUAUUAUGGUAUCUUCUGGUGCUUAAUUAUGGCAUUUUUAAAAAGUCUUAAUUGCUUUGUGUUGAAAAGAAGCAGUGAUAAAUUAAUUGAAAUAAAAAACUGAUGUUUAAUUUUAA